AUGGCACCAUCCAAGACGCCCCACCGGCCGAUAAACGCCUACCGAGUCCCUGCCAUGUUGCGCAACCUGUCCUACAAGCUGACCUCAGCACUCUCGUCGUCGGAAGUCCCGACGUUGGCCAAGGACAGCGACGAAUUCACCAAAGCGAAGAAGACGGAGGAGUUGUUCCCGACCACCGACCCCGCGGUAGAUGGCGAUGAUUGCCUACAUGACUGCGCCAGCUGCAGUGUCAAAUACCCGCGCAAAUUUGAGAUUGAUGAGACGGAAGAGCUGUAUGGACACGUGAAGGGAUGGAGUACGCAUCUGAUUGUUGCGACGGGCAAGACGGAUUGGGUGCGCGAUGUCGCAGACGAGAAGGGCAGCAUCAUGGAGGCGGUUGACCGGGGCGAUGCAAAGCCUAGCAAUGGGAAACUCAUGUUAUCCGCCUCUAAUAUGCCCGUCCCAGACCACUCCGAUCACAGUUCCAUGGUACUACUACUACCGUCAUGGCAAUUCAUAGACAAUGUCACGCCUGCGAACAUCCCCGAACUUAUCACCGACUACAUCAACCCUGGUCCUACGAACAAUACCCCAUUGCGCUCAUGGAAAACUGCCGCGCUACCACCUUCAGAAAAGCCGGAAGAGACUUCUUCCGCCGACGCCGACGCGCCCUCCUCCAUACCCCCGUCGAUACCCGCACCCCAACUCAAAGCCCGACCAUGUCCACACAAAUACCUCAUCCUCAUGUGCAGUCAAAAGACACGAGACGCACGUUGCGGCCAGUCAGCUCCUCUUCUACGAAAAGAGUUCGAGCGACUGCUCCGUCCAUUGGGACUAUACCGUGAUCUACACGACGAGCGACCGGGCGGCGUAGGAAUAUACUUUAUUAGCCACGUUGGAGGCCACAAGUUCUCGGCAAACGUCAUGGUAUACCGACAUUCUUCAGUCGUCACACGGCCCGAGAGCACGAAUGGCACUGCCAAUGGACAUACCAAUGGCGCGGAGAAGCGACUCGCGGAGCUCAAGCUUGAAGAUGAUAAUGGGCAGGAGGUUCUGCUGGAUGCUAACAAGGAACAGGAGGCAGAGGGUAAGGGUGAGGCUGCGCAGUGUAUAUGGUUGGCGCGAGUGAAGCCUGAGGAUUGUGAGAAUAUUAUUAAGUACACGGUGCUGCAAGGGAAGGUGGUGAAGCCGGAAAGGCAACUGCGAGGUGGAUUUGAUCGGUGCAAACAGCUAGCUAGUUGGUAA